UGCGGGGACUGGAGCCCGGGACCGACGGCGCAGUGCUGGCUGUCGUUCAACCCUCCCCUUCUUCCUCCACAGCGACUCCGAGGCUCGCGACCAGACAGACAGGUAAGCCGACGCGACCGUCGCUACGUUUCACAACACUUCAAAAGGACGGAAUAAACAAACCACGAAGCGCGUUCUAAAGUCCAAAAAACGACUCAACGGUUUUCUUGUUAUGUGCUUCUUCGCUCGCGCUCCUCUCUUUGUAGUCACGAGAUAAACAGACCGCGAGAGAAAGGCACACAGACGGGGUCGGCCAUAGCCGUGUUUCUUGUCCUCGGAGCGGGGAGGAUUCGGUACAAAAACCGGAGGUUUAAACCAAAAAUUGUUCAAAAUUGUCCACCGCGAGUCCCACAUUCGAAGUAUGUAAAACGAAAGAGAGCUAUUUUCGGUGUGACUGUGUGAUUUUGCAUGGGGGGGGACUACGCGCUGGUUUCCGCGCGGAGACCUCCACGCGGCUGUUGGCGGAACAGCUAGCCGCCUCUCUCGUUCAGCCAUCAGGGAUCUCGGUUUAAUAUCUCACCGUGCAGAGACUCGCCCUCCCUCUCCCCCUCUCUCUCUCACUGACUAGCCCAGAACCGCCGACGACCGAGCUCGGAAAACCCGCCUUCCCGUCCUCGCUUAUGCGCUUUUUCGGACCGAGGGGGUAAGGCAGUCUGCGACGCCCUGGCUUUAGGUCGAAGCUCCGUGUUCGGUGUUUGCAGUGCGCCAUUGGACCUCGUCACGGCAACAUAUUAACAAAUGAAUGGAGAAAUGGAGGCAACGGUCCAAGACCAAGUGUGGGCGCAGGAGGACCUCCUAAGACUGCUGGAGGCCAUGAAGGUGGCCCUGCCACAGAAAGACUUGACAAAAUACAAAACCUCAGAGUCCCACCUGGACUGGCAGAAGGUGGCCUUCAACUCCUUCACGGCAGAGAUGUGCAGGCUGAAGUGGCUGGAAGUCUCAAAGGAGAUUCGUAAGUUUCGAACUCUGACCGAGCUGAUAGUUGAUGCUCAAGAUUACAUCAAGAAUCCAUAUAAAGGCAAGAAAAUUAAGAAGCAUCCAGAUUUCCCCAAGAAGCCUUUGACUCCAUACUUUCGGUUCUUCAUGGAGAAAAGGGCCAAAUACGCAAAGCUGCAUCCUGAAAUGAGCAAUUUGGACCUGACAAAGAUCCUCUCCAAGAAAUACAGGGAAUUACCCGACAAAAAGAAGAAAAAAUACGUUGAAGAUUUCCUUCGAGACAAAGAGACGUUUGUGCACAGUAUGUCGAAAUUCAGGGAAGAACAUCCAGACCUUGUGGAGACCAUAACCAAGAAAGGUUCGAACGUCCCAGAAAAACCCAAGACCCCUCAACAGCUUUGGUACAACCAUGAAAAGAAAGCCUUCCUAAAGACACACCCAGAUGCGACCACCAAAGAUAUUAAGGACAGUCUUGGUAAACAGUGGACGCAGCUGCCCGACAAAAAAAGACUAAAGUGGAUCUCCAAGUCCCUGGAGCAGCAGAAGGCGUAUGAGGAAACGAUGCGGGGGUUCAUCCAGCAGCACCCAGAGCUGAACAUGACUCAGGAAGGUUUCGCCAAGUCCAUCCUGACCAAGGCAGAGCGCCACCUGAAGGACAAGUCUGACGGUCGACCCGACAAGCCGCCUCCAAACGGUUACUCCAUGUUUUGUGCGGAGCUGAUGUCCAGCAUGAAGGACGUUCCCAGCACCGAGCGCAUGAUGAUGUGCAGCCAGAGGUGGAAGCUGCUGAAGCAACAUGAGAAGGACGCCUACCAGAAACGCUGUGAACAGAGGAAGAAAGAGUAUGAAAUUGAAAUGAACAGAUUUCUCAGUUCUUUAUCAGAGGAGGAGCAGCGGCGGGUGCUGGGGGAGGACAAAGGGGGCUUUAAGAGAGGGGGUCGAGCCAACAGUCCUGCCACAAAAAAGCCGGCCUCUAAAGCAAAGGCCAAUCCGGAGAAACCCAAAAGGCCCAUUUCUGCCAUGUUCAUAUUUGCUGAGGAAAAGCGGCAGAAGCUGCAGCAGGAAAGACCCGACCUCUCGGACAGCGAGGUCACCAGAUGUCUGGCCCGAAUGUGGAACGACCUGCCGGAUAAAAAAAAGGAGAAGUAUAAACGUCUGGAAUUAGUCUUGAAAGCGGAAUCGGAGAAGAAGGAGAAGGAGGAUCGAAGUCGUCUUCCAGAUCCACCCAAGACUGCUCAGGACAUUUGGCAGCAGAGUGUUAUUGGAGACUACCUGGCCAGAUUUAAGAAUGACCGUCCGAAGGCCCAAAAGGCCAUGGAAGUAGCUUGGAGCACCAUGGAGAAGAAGGAGAAGAUCAUGUGGAUCAAAAAGGCGGCAGAGGAUCAGAAGAGAUAUGAGAGAGACCUGUGCGAGAUGCGCUCUCCAGCUGCUGCCGCCAUCGCCUCGGGGAAGAAAAUGAAGUUUGAGGGUGAACCCAAGAAGCCACCAUCAAAUGGAUAUCAGAAGUUUUCUCAGGAGAUGCUGUCCAAUGGGGAGCUCAACCACCUUCCAAUGAAAGAGCGGAUGGCUGAGAUUGGCAGCCGGUGGCAGAGAUUACCGCUGAAGGACAAGGAGCGCUAUAAGAAGAUUGCAGAGGAGAAGCAGAGGCAGUACAAAGUCCUGCUGGAGCAGUGGCUCAAUAGCCUGUCCACUCAAGAAAGAAACGUCUACAAAGAAUAUAUCUCACAAAAAAGGAGAAACCCGGCGAAACCCGGAGGGCCCUUAGUAAAGUUGAAGAAAUCUGACACCGAAGAGGAGGAAGACGAUGACGAUGAUGACGACGAUGACGAGCAGGAGAAAGCCUCGUCUGAGGGAGACUCCUCUAGUGAGGAUGAAGACGAUGACGAUGACAAGGAUGGAGAUGACGACGACGAUGAUGAUGAUGAUGACGAUGAUGACGACGACGAAGCAGAGGACAAGGAGAACAAGUCUGAAGACAGCAGCAGCGAGUCAAACUCUGCCGGCUCGUCAGACUCGGAUUCAGACUAACGCGUGCUGGCGUCACACCGUGGAAGGAACUGAGCAGCGCUGAGCUGAGCCAAGAGUCCAGGGAGCUCUGCCACUGUGCCAACCCUGCUCUCCUCUCACCACUAGAGGGAGCCACUGUACCGCUUACUCCAUCCCACGCACCCAUUUUAUGUUGCUGUGGUCAGAAUCAGAACCCAUGGAAGGACCCUCCCUCUGAACUCUUUCUUCCCCUCAGGUGUGGUGUCCGUCUCACGGCACUGGUUGACUCUGCCGAUUAGCCAAAAACAAAACAAACAGCAUUCCACUGCUUUGGUGAGGACACAGACGUUUCUGUUCCUGGUCUUCACCAUUUAUGUUCCCUUAGGCACUCUGGGUAAUUUACAACCCUCCGACGCUUCUUUGAGUACUCUGGUUCAAAGACGGGCAGCAUGUCUUGGUUAACUGGCUUCAUGAAGCCCAAAUAAAUGGAACAGUGGAUCACAUUUAGGGGGGGGGGGGGGGGGGGGGGGGGGGCGCUGAGAAAUUGCACUCUUCAGAAUGUUUCUUUUAAUAGUUUGUCUUGUUCGGAUCUCUGUUCUCGAGUUGUGUAGCUUUUAUAGUUUGGUUCUGACAGAGGUGGUAUUUCUUUCAGGAAAAAGAAAGUCAAGCCAUGAUAAACGUCCUUCUGUUGCUGGAAAACGUCACAUUAAGUUUCUCUUGGAAACUGGAAACCCACCAUGGAAGUCCUCAUGUUUUACAGAUGCAUGAUAGGUGCUUUCAGACCGGGAACAGCAGAGUUUUAGCUUCUGAAGGAUCUUUUUUUUAAAGUUUCUUCUUUGUUUCAGUCUUUCCAACGUGGCCGCAUGCAUGGAUUCGAAAUUUUAGCCGACCGGUCAAACGUUAAACCACAGCUACACAACUGGCUGUUACAAGAAUAAACAAACAUUGAUGUAAACGAUACACCUUUAUUUUUAUGUUCCAGUUUCAGUGAAUUUAGGGGAAUGCUGCUAGAGUAAAAGCCCAGUGUUAAAGCAUGCAUGCAUACAUUAUAUUCAUGUUUUCUUUAUCCUAUUUGUUUUCCUGACAAACUUCUGCUCGGUUUCCAUUCGUCUUUCAGGAUCAGCUGUCCUUCAGCCGGCCCUCAGGCUUCUGUCCCACAGCUUUGUAAACUGUUACGUCUGAUCGCACCUAUCGAGGCCUGGUGGAUGUAAAUAUUAGCUGUAAUAAGCCCAUUCCAUGUCGGAACAGAAUUCACAUCUGGUUUGAACUGUUUAUAAUCUGACAUAUUAAACAGGUUUAAAGCCGUAACUGUAAUCACCUCCAGUUAAGGAUUUUGUGUCACUUUUACAGAAUGUGAUUCUCCUGAAACAAAUAAGUUCAGGUUAAUCACAAAAAAAUGUUUUCUUCCUUAAACUCAAAAGCAGUGAUCACUUCCUCGAUCAGCUCGUUUUUUAUUUUAUUUUAUUUUUUGUGUGUGUGUUUAAAUGAAAUCCUCCUCAGAAACCGGCGUCUUUGCAGCUCUUUACAUCCACUCUGUUGCUUUGGAAACAGAACGGUUGUCUGUGGAUCACAAGAAUUUGGAUCCUUAAGUCUCUAAGGACUUUGACUAGCCGCUUGUCCAGACCUCAGAGUGACUGUACAACUGAAGUUGUUUGUCUCUUUAAAAUUAUUUAAAUCCGAUGCAUCUAUUUCUCAAUCUGUUUUAAAACUGUCCCUCUCCAGAUAUCUUUACUUUUUUUUUUUUUUUUUUUUUUUAAGGGGUUGGCUUUAUGGGUUUCCGUCUCAAGCUUAUCCAAAAAAAAAAAAAAGUGUGCACUUAUUGUAAAUCUGUCCUGAGUUUGUGCACGCACGCACAGAACUGUUUUAGGAUGUGUGUUUCUUUGCUUUAAUGUGUGCCGUCUGUUGGACACCGUCAUGGGACUACGGCGUGCACGUAUGUAUGUGGGACAUCAUACCAACACCAUGAAUGUAGAUAUUCUUCAAUUUUUUUUGACAUUUCCUCGUCCAAAGGUCUUCACUGUCGAGUCACCUAUAACUUGAACUUUAAAUGAACGUCGCCGUAGAUUUGGCUUUUCAGACAAAGCGAGAGGCAUCGAUCUGGAGGAUUGGAACCGCAGCGAAUCUCCUCGCUAAACAAAACCAGCGCAGACUAUUGACAAACCUGGAAGAGGGAAAGGGAAAAUGACAUGGGGAGGUCUGGAAAAGGGAUUUGCAGAACUGCUUUUGCCAGUGGACUUGGAGUAUAAAAAAUGUAAUUUUUUCCCCCUGUAAAUACAGUUUUUGUAUCGAGUGCUUAUUAUUUUGUUAGUACUUUGAUUUUUGGAAACCCUCAUCUGUGAUAUUGGAAGCCGGUGAGUCUUUCACUCUUCAGGAGGAACUUUUGGUUAAAUUCACCCGUUUGUUUUUUGUUCCUCUGCCAGCUGUUGGUUUCUAGAGAUCUCUAUAACAGCCAAGCUUUACAAGUUUGUACUGCUGACCAUUUGACAGAAUUUGAUGUUUUAUAUAGCUGAGGCCGGGUGUUCUUAUGUCCUUGUAGUUCAAGUAUUUGAGCAAAUAAACAACAAAAAAGCUUGAAAA